UUUUUCCUCCCAGGGAACGAGGAGAAGCAGAAGAAGAAGCGCAUGCCGUUUCUAUAGUAACUUAGUUUGCACUGUAAACGCUGUUUAGCCAAGAAGCUAACGGGGUUGUUCAUGAUUAUCGGGCUAUAUUUGGUCUGGCCAUUGCACAUAUAAGCAUGACUAAAUUACACUACAGAGUCCUGGUAAGAUAGAAACGUGAUCAUGUUUCAAUUUGUGAUGCUGGGAACCAGGAGGCGAGCUUCCUCCGGAGAAGUGAACCAUUAAAGACAUGUCUUCCCCAGAAUCAACGGUGGCGGUCCUGCCCAUAUGGGCAUGGCGCUGCCUCUUCCCGCCGUGCUGAUGAUUGCUGUCGGCAUUUACGUCUUCGUCCUCGCGAUGGCGCUCUGGUUCCGCCAUUGUCUCAAGGACCGCUGUACAGGCAUGUGGAAGGGACUGCUGUCCGGACCUCUCCCCCUGAAUGUUGAGUGUGCCAACUGGGACUGCACCUGCACAUGCCAGCCGCCCGAGUGCGAAUCCUGCAACUGCCUCUGCUUCGAGAUCAAGCUCCGCUAGCGUGAAACACCUAAGGGGGUCCCCUCUGCGCCGGUGGACGCGUGGUGACCGAUGAUCCACGGAUGGAGGGUGUCCGAGCGCACAGCGGUCGAAUGCUUUUGUGAUACACGGCGCCAGGCUGUUGUCGGGACCACAGGGGCUGGUGUGUAUCUAGACGUUCCGCUCUUUCCAGCUCGGUUGGUGCAUUUGUUUGAAAAGAGCAGACUCUCAGACACCACCGGACUGACUUUCACACAGACAGUGUUGUGUUUUGACGCAACAAAGGCACAUGUGAAUAUGUUGCGUCAUAGGUUCACGUGAAUGUCUGUAUCCUUCUUUCAUACCACUGUGCGCGAGUGAUCUGCAUUUGUACCUGUGCUGCCUUCCCUCGAUUACAACUUUUGUUACUGUGUCAAAUAUAAUCUUAAUAUUCGAUAUGAUGUUCUUUUAUCCCAGGUGGGAAAUUACAAUAACAUAUACUUGUUUACAACACUGUUUGGUAUUUUACUUUUUUUAUUAGAAAAUUAACUCUACAUGAUUUGAGUUCCUUAUUGCCUUCGCGCUAUAUUUGCUAUUCUUUUUUUUUUAAUCUUUGAUGUUCUUCAUAUCCAUUAGGUACAUAAUGCUUAUUUUAUAUAGAUUUUAGUACAGUUAUAAAGUCACUUGUUUAAUGUACUAUAUAUGUUCUACUCUUAAGUAGAACAAUAUAUUGUUUACUCUCAUUCCUUGUGUGAGUGUUGGACAUUUGUAGCGCUGCAUAAUGCUCUGUUGCCAACACAACUUUUCCAAAACAAAGGAGGGAGAGAGAGAGAGAGAGAGAGAGAGAGAGAGUGAGAGACAGAGAGAGGGACGGAGA